GCCACACUGCAGCUUCUUAUAAGCACCUCCCAUCGGCUGUCCACUACAGAAGAUCCUUCAGCAGCAUAGGGGACUCGAGAAUCAGCCUACCUGCAAAAAACGCUAUUGAAUUAAAAAAAUAAUAAUAAAUUUAAAAACCUUCUUUGAAGGUAGAUAGACAGUAGUUUGCAUUAUCCAUUAAUAUUUAUUGAAUAUUUAUUGAGUGCAUUAAUAAAAUGCAUUUUUGAAGGAAUUUCAAAAUUUCAGAAAACUUUUUUAAAAACAACACAACAAGAUUAUCUUAAUUUUUUUUCUAAAAAAAAAAAAAAAUCCAAGCAGGUCGACAUGGAUUUGGAAAGCCUGAAGCAGCUGUUGGAGUGUUUAAGCGCUGUAAACAGCACAUUUCUGCACAAUCUGGACCUGAGCGACAGUAACAGCACCUGCAGAGAAGAGCACUUUAUUCCCAAAGAGCGACCUGCACGACCCAAAGAAAUGGAUUCAGUGCGGAUACUGCUGUACUCUCUGAUAUUCCUGCUCAGUGUCUUUGGCAACCUGCUCAUCAUUGUGGUUUUGGUGGUGAAUAAGCGAAUGCGGACGGUCACCAACUCCUUCCUCCUCUCUCUGGCUGUCAGUGACCUGAUGAUGGCUGUGUUUUGCAUGCCCUUCACAUUCAUCCCAAAUCUGCUGGAAGACUUCAUCUUUGGAGCUGCCAUGUGCAAGAUUGUGGCCUAUCUCAUGGGAAUUUCUGUUAGCAUAUCCACCUUCAGUCUUGUGGCCAUAGCAAUCGAGAGAUACAGUGCUAUCUGUAAUCCUCUGAAGUCCCGGGCCUGGCAGACUCGUUCCCAUGCAUACAAGGUUAUUGCUAUGACCUGGGCUCUGUCUUUCCUCAUCAUGACCCCAUACCCAAUCUUCUCCUCACUUGUUAGCUACCCCAAACCCAACAACAUCACUGCACAUAUGUGCCGCCAUGAUUGGCCCAAGGACCAGGUGAAGCAGGCUUGGUGCAUCCUGUUGCUGUUGAUUCUUUUUGUCAUACCUGGAGUCGUGAUGAUCAUUGCUUAUGGGCUCAUCUCCCGGGAGCUCUAUUGCGGAAUACAGUUUGAGCUGGAGCAGAAGAAAGGCCAUAGUGGAACAAAGAAUGGUGCAUCUGCCACCAUCUCAUCUGGCAUUGAUCAUGGUGAUGGCUGCUAUAUUCAGGUACUGAAGCGGCCCAACUCCAUGGAGAUGUCCACCCUCACCCUGGCCACCUCUGCCAAGAUGGACCGACCUCGCAGCAACACCUCUGAGACCAAGCUCAUGGCCAAAAGGCGCGUGAUCCGCAUGCUGAUUGUCAUUGUGACCAUGUUCUUCAUCUGCUGGAUGCCCCUGUAUUCUGUUAAUACCUGGAAGGCCUUCCAUCCGCCUUCUGCCCACAGGGCUCUCUCAGGAGCCCCAAUCUCCUUCAUUCAUCUCCUGUCCUACACUUCAGCCUGCGUCAAUCCCUUCAUCUACUGCUUCAUGAACAAGCGCUUCCGCAAGGCUCUGCUAACCACCUUCUCCUGCUGCUGCCGAUCAUGCCGCCCACGGAGCUUCAAUGAGGGAGAUGAUGAUGUCACUGCCACUGGGGCAUCUGUGUCUAAGUUUAACUACACCACCAUCAGCACCAUGGGACCAUGCUGAUUUCCAACAAAAGAGAGAGGUGGCUUGAUUUUACAUUGCUACCUAAUAUGGAUGGAGACAGGGAUGGAGAAGGUUCAGUGGAUGAUUGUUGGCUUGGACUGAUUAAGGACUCGGAUUAUUGGGAAAUAUCUUGCCUUAAGAGGAAUGGACCUAGGUUUAACUUUGCAGUGAUUGAAGAUGUGCUGCUAUGUGAAGUUAAUUCCAUUGCAUUCCCAGUAAUAUCAGCAUGCUAAUUUAUCACUUAUUGUUGUUUUGUAAUUUGUGAUUGCCUAUACUAUUGGAUAUGUAUAGUAUGCUUAUUGUUACAUGUAUUUUAAUAUACCUAUAGUAACUUUGUGCAGUUUUUAAGGUGACGUUUUUGUGUUUUUAAGCAGUCAGUAGGAUAAAUAAUUGAUUGUGAAUUAAAACAUAUAUACAGAUGUGUAACAAAUUAAAGAAAAAAACUGAAUAACUGAUUGGAGAAAUAUGAAGAGUGGAGAUGCUUCUAGACAGGUGUAUUGCAUGGUAGAAUUAAGCAAUUGCCAAACUGCCAUGCUCUUUGGCAAGUAUAAAAAUGCUGAGAAGGCCCGGAUGGCAUUGAUUUUGCAUCAAGAUGGCAAUGUGACUUUGAAAAUGGGUUCAUUAUUGGGGCUCAGAGAUCAGGGGAAAAAAGAUUGCUCAACUGGCUUAAUAGCAACAGUGAGUAAAGUGACAUCUGCAUUUAGAUGUAUGGAAAAGAAAUCAUUGUAUAGGUUGGAAAUAAAUAUGAUCAAAUAUUACAGACACAUACUUGAUAAAUAUGUGACUUAUUGUUAUUGCCAGCUGUGCAAUAAAAGAAAAGUAAAUAAAAACAUCACAGGACAGCUUUAAUUGCAAGUCGCCCUUUCGUUGGUGCCACUGACAUUCUGGCUAGGAUAAUAUGUAAAAUUGUGUUCUUUUUCUUUUUUUUCUUCAUCUUUUCUUUGUUGAGGUUGCUCAAGUUUUUCUUCAUGCACUCACUGGUUGUGGUUCGUCCACACCGGUGGUUCUAAUUGCCAGUGACCUUGUGCUGUGGAGUUCUGGGUCAGACUGACUUUAUUGCUUGCUUGAAAGCUUGAAAUGCUUGAAAGCCCACAGGAUGAUUUAUGGCUGCUUUUGUGUGUUUGUUCAUUCAGAUGUUGCAUAUCUGUGUGUUCCGUUCACUAUUGCAGUUCACUACAGCACAUCUAGCAAAGUGCACACACAAGAAAAAAAAAGUCAUUGAUUCUAGUUGCUGAGAUGUUGACCAUGGGUCAAUGUAGCACACUCUCUAUUAUGUAAAGAUUCCUUUAGUCAAUUUGUUUCUCACUCACCCACAUGCAUAACAUGUCAUUUACUAAUAUAAGGUCUUUCCAAGGACUACGUCUGACAAUAUACUGACGAAUGAAGUCAGAAAACCAUUCAAGUUCUCACCAUAUUUUACACCAUGGUGCCUAACAGCAGUAGAAAAUGCUCAGUGCUCAGUGUACAUGUUGUUGGGUCAAAUGGAUCAGAGUCUUCCAGAGGAGUGCUGUUUAUUUUCACCCACUAACUAUCCUUCCCUUCAUUUUCCACUCAUCCUCUAGCUUUGUUUAUUUUCCUUCAGUUAAAACAAUUUGCUAAUCAGAAAGCAUCUGCUGUUUGUGCCUGCUUUCUACUGAACAGUGGAAACAGCGUAUCCACAAAGUUUCCUAGGCCCCAGAUAGUACAGCAAAAAUCCUGCAAUUCACAGAGCUCUGUUUUCCCAACUUGCUCAUUAACAUCUCAAUCUGGUCUGUUUUUCACAGUCAGAACAUUAGAGUGCAGGAUCAAAAUGGCAGCGGUUUCAUUCAGUCAGCCGUUUCAUUCCAGCUUUCAUUCAUGCCUCUAGCUUUAUCAAGGGUAUUCAUUUUAGAUGAAUAUAAAUUAUCAGUCACACCUGGAAUGACUUCAUCCAGAGAUGUUUGACAGCAACACCCAUCCUGAGCUGAGCAUGACAUCAUCCUACAAUUUGUAACACAGUAGUGUGUGAUUGGCAAGUGGUGAGUAAUAUCUGUGCUUGUAUCUACAUGUUCAAUUUUUAUUGUAGUUCAGUGAAGUGUGAGUGGAUUUAUGCAGGUAUAAUAUGUGGAAACACAUUACAGUCUUUGUGAUGGUGUAAAAAACUCUGAAUAAUAAUAAUAAAGCUUCACGCUGAACCCAGAACAUCAUUAGUAGGACAGCACUUCAUUCUGUUUCAGCCAAUAAAUGGGGAAUAUUUGUUAUUAUGGGGAACACUGCUAUAUUACAACCUUGUACUUUUGUAGGAUUUUGUUGUCCAUUUCUCUCAUCAGAACUUGACUGGGUAAAUAAAACAACACAAUGACCCAGUGCCUCCUUAGUGAAGGGUUGGAAUAGGCCAUGGUACAUCAGCUAGUAGAUCAGGAGGAAAGUUUAUAAGAACUAUUUUAGUAGUUCUUAUAAAAGAACCACAGUUAGCUAGUAGUUCUGCAGGAAAAAUUAAACUCAGUUAUUCCUGCUUUGGUGAAAAUGAACUACUUCAGUAAUACUGAGUAAUUAACCAGUAUUUCUUUGUAGUUAUUAGUAGUAACUAUUAGUAGUAGUAGUAGUAGUAGUUAUUAGUAUCAUUAUUCUUUUGUUCCUGCAUAGUCCUUUCAUAGUGGCCUAUUAUCUAUGGGACAGUAUUGUGUAGUGUUGUAUAGUAAGAGUGUUUCUUAUCAGUGACAACAUUUUUCUUACAUGUACUAAAAUUAAUCUCUUUCAUUAGAUAUUGAAUUAUUUUGGGAAAAAACUGCAUUUUAUUGAUGGUGUUUUUGUAAUAGAAUAGAAUAUGAUUGGGAUUCAAAAAUCAAACCUUUUUUUCCCCUUUUUUUCACUUUUUUUCAAUUAUUUCAGUGCACAGCAGAAAGAUUAAAUUGUUUAACUUCUCAAGGUUAAGCUAUCAUGAAUAAUGUAAUAUUUGGUUGAUUGAUUUUGUGUUUUAUACCAAGAUGUAGAAAAGAGAUAUUCAAAUGUACUUUCAAAUAUUCAAGUAUAUAGAAUGUAAGAAAAAAUAUACUAGUAGUGAGUGUGAAAAUUUCCUUUCAGCAUUCAUGUGUUCAGUCUUGUGAGAGAAGAAACUAUUUUAAUGAAUGUUCUGUUGUAAAUAUGGAGAUUUAGCAGCAACAUCCAUUUGAAUCUUAUAUUAAGAUAAUGUUCUGAUGUAAUGUUCAGCAUCAGACCAGACACUGAGAGAAUGAAAUAUGAACUAAAAGAUCAGACACUGUGUGUUGUGUGAGCACAGACAGUGGUUAGGAUUGAUGAAAGCUAAUGGCAGACCAAAAAGAGAGGAAAAAUGGUUAGUGUGGUGUGAGAAUGUGUAAUCUCGGUGGGAGACAAUUACUUGACUAUUGUCAAUUGUUAUGUAUCUUGAUGUUCUGUUUGUGUUUUCCUGUGCAAGUAUUAUAAAAAUAAAGGCUGUAUUUCCUCAAAUGGCUGGGAGCUGUUAUAGUUACAUACUGUACCUGUACAGUAAAGCUGUA